AUGAAUAUUGAAUCUCAAGACUUUAGAUAUAGAGAUAUCAAGAAUUAUUAGAGUCUUUCUAAAUUGUAAAUUUUGGUUGUUGGAGAUGGUUAGACUGGGAAAUCUUCAUUGGUUAACAUUUUGACUUACAGAAAAUAUCCAGAUAAGAUGGCAGGUAAGACAUCCAAGCAGCCAUUUAAAACUUAGGGGUGUGAUAUUCGAAUGGCAUUGAGAAACGAUUUAACAUAAAAGCAAUAGUUUUUGUUGUAAAUUGUAGAUCUUUCUGGAGACAAGGCUUAGAGAUAAUACUUAGAUGUGUAUAUAUCAAGAUUGAAAUUGAAUGCCAUAAUAUUCUGUUUCGAUGUGACUAAUCUGAAGACUUUGGAUAAUAUACGAAAAUGGGUUUAACGAUUGACAAUUAAGAGUGUGAUACAUGAGGAAAAUGAAGAGGCCUUGGAGACAGAUAAUAGCUAAUUUUCAAGACAAAGCAGCUUAGCCAUUUAAGACGAAUAGGAUUGCUUAUUAAAUUAUAAUAGUUAUACUGGAAUCCCAAUGAAUGAGAUUCUACAAAUCCCUUUCAUUUUUGUUGGGUGUAAAAUGGAUUAGAUCCCUAUGGACAAACAAGUUAGAUUGCGAUAAUAGAUUUCUGAAAGAAUCCAACAAGUUUACAAAAGAUCAAAUACAGUAAUAUUGUUGAGUUCUACUAAGCCUUUGACAUAUUCAGAUGAGUUUAAAUAGUUGGAGGAAUGUAUUUUGAGAAUUAAGCAAAAAGAUAAAUUGGAAGAAUUCUUCAUAAGGGAAAAGAUUCAAUCAAAAAUGAUGAAGUUGGAUGAAUCUUUCUGGAAAUCCACUAUUCAAACACCAUUAGAGUAAAAAUACUAAUUGUUUUGUGUUUAUAUGAAACAUUUUUGGCAAAGAUUGAUGUGUAAAAAGAGAAAGCAAUGA